ACGAAACAGAAACGAAAGGGGCGGGCGGGCACAUGUACGCGGAGCGCAGAGCAAAAAUCUUCACCGAGAGAGAAGAACAGAAGCUGAACGAAAACAUUCGGUGGGCUUCGACUUGUCCGCUGCAGAAUCCGUCACUAUGUCUUCUCGUGAUGUUGGACCUGCCCUUCCGCCUCACAUGAGGAGAAGCCACGGGAAUACUCUUGAAGAUGCAGGAAGUAGCUCGUACAGGACACAAGAUGAAGAGAGGAGUAGGCACAAAUGGGAUGACAGGAGGAAGCACAGAGAAAAGUAUGAUGAUAGGGACAGGCUAAGGGACAGUGACAGGGAUAGGUAUAACAGAGAGAAGUACAGGGACAGGGCAAGCUAUUAUACUUCAGAGAGGGAUCAUGUUAGAGCUAAGGGUAAAAGAGAGGAAGAAGAAAGAACCAGACCCUCAAGUGGACGUGCAGGGCAAGCAGAAAAACAGAGACAUGAAGGCUCUUCAAAGCGCAAUAAACGAUCAAAAACUGAUCGAACUUACAACACCGAUACUGAAGAGUCAUCUGACGACAGUUGCUCUGACAAUCAGAAAUGGACUAAAGAACCUGAUUCGGACUGUGAACCUGAGUCUGAAACCUCAGAAUUGGAACCAGAAUCAUCAAAAUCACCGAAAACAGAUGAGGUGAGUCCACAUAAAGGCCCCAAGAUAAGCGACAGCAGUCAGAUAGGACCUGCUUUACCUCCCCAUUUAUUUGAUCAGACCAGAACAAAAUCCCUGAACAGUGAUUCAAGUGACUCUGAAACUUCCAAACCAACCAGAGGAAAGGAAAGCCUCACUCAAAAUAUUGAAAUAGGGCCAGCCUUGCCUCCCACCUUAGAAACCAAAUUCCUAAACGAAACGAAUGACGAUGAUGACAAUGUAGGGCCAGCUUUACCCCCUCACCUACGUAAAAAUGUGAAAAUCAAUGAAGACAGUGACGAAAAUGCUGAUAGAAUAGGGCCAGCUCUUCCACCUAAUCUCUGUGCAAAAGUGGAAAUUGAUGAAGAAGACAGUGACAAUGAUGACAGUAUAGGGCCUGCCCUCCCUCCUCAGCUCCUGAAUCAAGAACGAAAUAUCAAAGUGGUUCCACCUUCUCCCUCACACAAGAUGAGUUCCAAUCAAAUUGGACCUGCUCUUCCUCCUCAUUUGAAGAAAGACCAAGGCUCUGACAGUGAAACAGAGUUGAAAUCAGUGGGUCCUGUCCUGCCUCCCAAAUUGAAAGAACGUUCAGCAUUGGGCCCUGCGCUUCCCCCAGGAAUGGAUCUUGACCUAUUGGAUGAAAAGAUGAGUAAUGCUAGCAGUGAUGAUGAAGUUGUAGGACCACUUUUACCUGAAGAAAUGAUAAAAAGCGGCAAGAACUAUAACGUUCAGGCCCAGCUAGAAAGAAAUGCUGCUGCUAUCAAACGAAAAAUGGAGGAAAAGGAUUUGCCUGAUGUUUCCACAAGACGAGAGGAAUGGAUGCUAGAGUUGCCUCCCGAAGGUACUGUGGACCUUGGUUUGGGACCCAGAAGUUUCCGAGCUCGUGGAGCUCCAGAGAAAGGAGCAGAUCGAUCAAUGUGGACUGAUACGCCUGCUGAUAAAGCUCGCAAGGAAGAAGAAGCCAAACGACGGUUUGAACUCGGCAUUUCUACUACAGAGGAUGUGAAGAAAGCCGGAAUAUCCAAACAAAUGUCAAGUAAAGACAAAUCAAUGGAGACUAUUGUUAAAAAACAUAAGAGAUCCAAGGAAUCCCUUUUAGAUGCCCAUCAAAAGAAAAUCAAAGAAGAGAAAAAGAAGAAAGAAAAGGCAGGUGCCAAACAGGAACGACGUCCAUUUAAUAGAGAGACUGACCUAAAAGUCAAUGUUUUUGAUGACGCCCAGAAGAAAGCUAUUUACAAGAAGGCUCAAUUACUUGAUAGCAGAUUUUCUAGGGGAGAAACAAAGUAUUUGUAGUUUUCAAAAAAUUUGAAGGCCAGACCACAUGUUUCAAAACUUUUCAUGUUUUCCCAAAAAGAGAACAUACAUAAGUUUACUGGGCUUCUGAUUGUUAAAAUUUAUUUGCCUUAACUGUCCAGUUUGCUUAAGAAGUUCUAUUCUUUCUGUGUAAUAUUAUUUAUUUUUCCUUUGACAAAAAUGUUCAUCUUUUUUACAAGUUUUACUUCUCUUUGUCAAGUAUGCAAAAUAAAAUAUCAAUCCUAUCUUUAUUAA